UCUCUCUCUCUCCCUGCCGGCACGUGCCUGCUUCGCAUUCGGCACGUGCCUGCUUCGCAUUCGCGGCUGCAUGGUCCCUUCCUUCCCAUCGUUGAGCUGCGUUCUGUACCGCGAUCAUGAAAAUGACAGAAAUACGUCUCCAUCGGAGGAUAGUUUAAAAGCUCUCCUGAUUCCUUUUUGCCUUGUUCAAUGUAAUUCCCUGGUAGAAAACCACCCAACAUCUGGAAUUGCAAAUAUUACCAUGGGUGCAGCAAGACUUAAAGUCAUCUUGGGCGAAAACAAUGUGGAAAAAUUGAUUCUUCCAAAUGGUAUACCCCAGUCUUUAUUAGAACUUGUCAAUGUCGUAAAGAACACCUUUGGAAUCACAACAGAAAUUCGCCUGCAAUACAUGGACCAAGAUUUUGGAAAUGAGUUCUUCAAUCUAAACGCAACCUCUGAACUGCAGGAUUUGGGAACAAUCAAGGUGGUUCAACAGGAAGUUGUUCCACUCAUAAUCACACUUACUGAUGAUGUUUCAUCAGCUUGUGCCACUUUUGAUGCUGUUGAUUGCUCUUUACAGGCAUCAAACAACACAAACAUACUCCCUUCUCCUCCAAAACUGUCAUUUCGAAGCGUGCAGUGGCCGGCGGUGUUUCCUAUUCCACAAUUUUCGUAUGACACCGAGCUUGUGCUUGAAAGGGGAAAUGCUGAAUACAAAUCAUCCUCCAAAUUGGUGUAUCUCAGCACAAGAACCAAAUCUGACAUUCUGAACAAAGUAUCUGAAGAAAUCUUCAAGUACAAAGCUUAUCCAUGUGAUGAACACUUUGUUGCAGUGGCAGAAGCUUUAAUCAAAAAACAUCCGUGUUUGAAGGAACCUGGAUCCUCAAAUGGAUGGUACGGAUGGAAGCAGAGGCUCAAGUACAAAAUGGGAAAUCUUAGAACCCAGCUCAGACUGCACGGGUGCCCAGAGGUAGCUGUUAACUCCAUGAAGUCCAAAGUUACAGAAGGAUCUUCUGGCAGAAACGUAAAAAGGCCUAAAAGGGCAGAAGCUAACUUUUAUCCAUCUUUGCCAACUGGGGACACUUCCGAAUCCCUUGAACAGGAAAGACUUUCACUUCUGACUGAAGUGAAAAUAAGACACAAUGACCGGGUCAUUGCAGACAAAAUGGCACGCACUUUUGCAUACAGGCGACAAGAGGUGGUGGACGGUGAGCCAAGAAUCCAGGAUUUUAAGGGUCGAUGGCCGGCUCUUUUUGAUCAACGCGAGAUCAAUGCAGAGUUCCAGAGGCUUGUAGCUCUUCCCCUAGAGCAGAAGUUUUUUUCCCAACUUGACAAGUACUCCACCAAAUUGAUGACCGCCAUUCGCUCAAGAGGAGGAUCAACCAGGGAGAAGAUAUCUGGGCUGACACAAAUCUUUGACCAGACCGAAGACGUCAACAAAAAAAGAGAGUGUGUCCUGAAAGCCCUCGUCCCUUUCCUUGGAGAGGAUGGAAAUGCUUUCAUCAAAGAAUACACGGACAGUCACAGAGCAGAGAUGCAAAAAGACCUGGAAGACGUCACGAUGGCUGUGUAUGUCAUCCGGUCCGAGGGAGAUGAACUUCAAGGGCCUCCUGAGGACAUUGGGAUUGUAAUCGAAGGAGUAGAGGUUCUUGAUAGACUGUCCUCAGUUGGAACAGCAUGUGCACUCCUGUUAGGUUUGAUCUACAUUCUUAAUCUGGCUUAUCCAAAGGUCCUUCGCUUUACAUUUGAGGUGUUGCAGAAAAUUAUAAUGGAGCUGGAACCUCAAAAGAUGUCUCCAAAGGUGCAGAACCUGUAUGUGAAACUGCUAAAUAUGAAUUAAUAUUGGUGGUUUGCAACCACAAGAUCAGUUUUUGCCAUUUCCUUUUCCAAAAUGUACCUGUAGCACAGGUAUGUUGUUUGUAGCUGUCUUUUUUCCCAGCAUGGUGCAGAAACUAUAAUCUAAGCCUUGAUUGUUCACUGACGGUGAAGUAAUUUGAAAAUAGAAUUUCUAGGAUUUUCCAAUUCUAAGUAAUACUUAGAUAAGUGAGGGGAAAAAACAUUCUGUAACCAGUCCAGUCAUUCUCCUGAUCUGGCAACAGACAGUUUACUUUAGUUGAGCAUAAAACAAUAAAGGUAAAGGGGAAUGAAAUGCUUUUGUUAAAAUUAAUUUAUAUUGUUUUUGGGCUAAAACGAAGCAAAUAGACUGCUGCUAAAACAGGAGAAAAACUGGGCUGUUACAGAAUGUUUUUUUUUCUCAUUUACCAAAGUUUUACUUAGGAUUGGAAAAUCCCUUUAAAGCCAAGUGUCAUCUACUCUGUUUUUUAUAUGCACUUCAGUUUAGAUUUGUUCUUUUGCUGCAUCUUGGUUUUGAUUCUGGUUCAGCCAUGGAUUUUGGAUUGCAUGUAGGUUUCAGUGAAAUGAGUUUUGCCUAUGGUUCAAAUUAAAAGGGCACCAUUGAUGGUACAUCAGCUGACUUUUUAAACCCGUGUUUAGCAAUUCUAGUUUUCGAGUGCCAGUAUACGGCAACGUUUAAUUGUGUCUCUGCUUCAACACACCUGAAUCAAAUAAUCUGGUCAUUAACAGGGCUAUGGAUUCCUGAACUGCAUACUGAGGUUUUUCAGCCAUUUUAUUCAGGUGUAUUGAAGCAAAGACAGAACUGAGAGUUGCAGUACACCCUCAGGCACUGGAAUUUCCUUGUGAUAUAGGUAUUGUUCAGUCAUUUUUGUACUGUGUUAGAUUUGUUCAGAGCCAGCUGAAAAUAACGAGCUAUUACAUUUAUCUUCCUUCAAUGGUAUUCCCCAAAAUGUUUACAAUUCAGUUUUAAUGUCUGGCUUUUUGAUGUUAUAUGCAAUUCACUAUGUGAAGUCAUUGUGUUGUUAAACUGUGAGAGCAUUUGUAUUAAAUUUUGUUACAUUUUG